GGAUCAGGAUUCUCUUCUGGAUCAGUGAGUGAAUUCAUCCUUCUGGGAUUCCCUUGCAGCAGGGAGAUUCAGCUUAUGCUGUUUAUGGUCUUCUCCAUCGUCUAUCUCCUGACUCUCAUGGGAAAUGGAGCCAUCAUCUGUGCUGUGUGUUGGGACCAGCAUCUCCACACCCCUAUGUAUGUCCUGCUGGGGAAUUUUGCAUUCCUGGAGAUCUGGUAUGUCAACUCCACUGUCCCAAACACCCUGGUCAACUUCCUCUCAGAGACCAAGAGCAUCUCUUUCACUGGUUGCUUCCUACAGUUAUAUUUUUUCUUUUCCAUGGGCUCUACUGAGUGCUUCUUUCUCUCAGCAAUGGCCUUCGACAGAUACUUCGCCAUCUGUCAUCCUCUCCAUUAUGCCAUAGUUAUGACUGGACAACGUUGUUUCAACCUCGUGGUUUCCUGCUGGGUGUGUGGCUUCCUCUGGUAUCUGGUACCUGUUAUUCUUAUCUCCCAACUGCCUUUCUGUGGUCCUAAUGUAAUUGACCACUUUGUUUGUGACUCUGGCCCAUUGCUGACCCUUUCAUGUGCCCCUGCCCCUAUGUCCAAACUCACUAGCUAUACCCUAAGUUCCCUGGUCAUCCUCCUUAGCUUUCUUUUUAUCCUCAUCUCCUAUGCCCUGGUUCUACUAGCUGUUCUUCAGUUGCCCUCAGCAUCCAGUCGGCAGAAGGCAUUUUCUACCUGUGGGUCCCACUUGGCUGUGGUGCUGCUAUUCUAUGGUACCAUUAUGGUAAUGCAUGUGAGCCCAGGGUCUAGCCACUCCACCUUGAUGCCCAAAAUCAUGACCUUGUUCUAUGCAAUGGUAACCCCACUCUUUAACCCCCUAAUCUAUAGUCUCAGGAAUAAGGAGAUGAAAAGCGCUCUGUGGAAAGUUCUGGAAAAGUUGAAAAUUUCUUUAAACAUCUUUGGCAGCAGGUCCAGAAGUGUGGAAUAA